AUUUCCUGAAAGCCAGUGUGAAGUAUGCUUGAUGAAAUCAGAAGAGGGAGUCGGUGACUCUGAAGCAUCAUGUUUGCUGCUUCUUCUCCAGGAACCCUUGCCAAAUCAAACCUGCAGAAAUCCUAAAGAAUUUUACAGUGGAGGAGGUCUAAGCUAGCUGUAGAGUGAUAAGUGACAGCACAGGACAAGGCUAGAUCCAUUAGCAGACUAUCCCGAAGAUGGUCAGACCACUGGGAAAUCCAUAAAAGGGGGAAAUCCACAAUGAGAAAGAAUGAGUGUCCAAUCUUACUCAGCCUGGCAUCGCAUCUGAAUCAUUCUUAGCAAAUUCUUCUGAUGUAAAGGAAGCUGUACUUCUGAGCAGUGAAGAUACAUCUAGAAAAAUGUUUGGACCCCUACUAGUUGUACUACUUCAGAUCCAGCUUCAGUUGGUAUCAGCUUUAUUCACAGUGGAAGUUCUUCAGCCGCGUUAUUCUGCAGAGCAUGGGGAUGCUGUGACAAUGGGCUGCCGCUUUCCAGUCCAUGACCCAUUCAGUCUGACCAAUUUAAGUGUCUUGUGGCAAAGAAAACCCUCCCGGGGAAAUGAAGUAAAAGAAGUUUACAAGCUCAGUAAGGGUCAAGAAGACCUCAGGCAGCAACACACAGACUAUCAAGGGAGAGCCACCGUUGUGCGAAAUGAAUUAAAAAUGGGACUUUCCAUGCUAUGUAUCAACAAUGUAAAGAUUGCAGAUGCAGGAAUAUAUGUUUGCCUUGUUCAUUAUGAAGCAGCCGACCUGAAGUACAUUUAUUUGGAUGUUAAAGCACCAUACAAGAAAAUACAUUUCCAGAAGAGAAAAGAAAAAGCAGAGCUGAAUUUGACUUGUCAGUCACAAGGAUAUCCUCUUGCUGAGGUUUCUUGGCAAAAUGAGGAGAGUACUAAUCUCAGCGGGUUAGCCUUCACUACGCAUCAAAUGACAGAGGAUGGACUUUUCAACAUAACUAGUACCCUGAGAGUCAAACCAGGGAAUCAUGGAAACUAUAGCUGUACAUUCUGGAAUAGGGAACUAAAUGAAAACACAUCUGCACAUGGUGCAGUAUUAUCGCUCGAUUUUGCAGAUAAAUCAACUAUGGAAAAAAAAACCUUGAUUGUUUUGCUACCAAUUUGUCUGCUAGUAGUAUUGGUUCUGACAACAUUCAUCUUCACAAAGUUGAGGAAAAAACAAUUCACAAAUUGGUACACCCAAAAAGGUGAAAGAAGAAGAAGAAACCAGUUAUCAAGGAAGGAAGAUUUGGAUCUUCAGUCCAAGAAUUUAAAUGCAGCAACUAUUCCAGUCUGAAGAAAUGAGCAAAGGCAACAAACAUUCCACCUUCCCUGUCUGCACUUUUCCCUUGUUCCACUCUUUUAAAAGCCAUAUGAGGAAGUCAUUUCACUUUACUGCUGCGUGCUUUUUUUCUUGUAUUUCAGCACUGAGUUUUCCAGCCCAUUGAAAAUGUGUCACCGCUCAGCAGUUUUAAGGCACUUCAUGUAUUCCACGAAAGCUUUUUGAGGUUUUUCAGUUCUAAGGAAUUUCUAGGCACUUCAUGAAAUUUAACCAUUAAACAUCUGUUAUAAUAGCUGAGCUGGUAUUUUUGCCAAUGUCAUUCGUACACGGAACUGGUUCUGUCAGUAAGCAGCUACUUUGGUCAACUGUUAACUGAAGUUAAAUUAUGUAUCUAUUAAUUCUAUGGUAGGAUGGCCACAUUUACGAGUACCAAAGCAGGACAUUCCCAUUAAUAACCUUAGUGAUGAGAUUCAUGUGACCUUAGGCAAGUCACUGCUUCUUUCCAUUUCUGCGUUGUGUGAAUAGUAAUCCUGCCCUACCAAAGACUGUUCUUGAAAGGAAUAUGGAAGUUGGGGGAGAACUGUGAACACUAGAAAUAGGAUUAUGGAAUACUUGUUUUGCAUACGGAACUCAUGUCUAAACCUGAAAUUAUUUAUGUUUCAUAUACCUCUCAUAUACAUAGCUUAAAGGUCACCUGUGUAAUGUGAUAUACAUAGUAUUGUUAAUAAUUUUGUGUGCAAAAUGUUUUAAACCAAAAUAAAAUGUCUCGCUUUCUC